AUGAUGAGCUACUACGUAUUCUGUUGUUUUACUCUGUAUUUUCUUCCCCUUUUUUCAAUCUCUGUCACUACUUGUACGAAUGACAUAAAAAAAUUAUUUAGACUGUUUACUGCAUUCUGUCUAUUCAUAUUGGCCAAUCAAUUAUCUUCUCGUAUAAUGAUUCCCAUUCUCACGCUCAUUUAUGUAAAUACUCACGUUCCAUCUUCCUCAUUAUUUAACUUAUGUUACACUAUGCCCAUUGUUUUAAGUUCUUAUAUUUUUCUCAUCCACUUAGUUUUCUGUGCCAUAAUCAUUAUAAUAUUAUUGUAUACACACUCCAAAAACUCCCCUAUCAUUAUCAUCACCUUUAUUACCAUAAUCAUUAUAACCCUACCUAGUAUCCAUAAAGUAAACAAAAUAAAGCAAAUUGAAAAAUUUCCUAGUGACACCAAUUUUUCAUACGUUAUCACCCUACAAAGUUUUAUCCAUAGACCACAGUCAUACAAAAAAUUAAAAAAUUUCAAAUUCUCUAUAUUUACACAUUUUAUCAAAAAGUUUUAG